AUGCUUGUUCAUUGCCUUAAAUUAAAAAUUGGUGCUGUUAUAACGCUACAUAGAAAUUUAGAUCUCAAAGAUGGACUUUGUAAUGAAACCCGUUUGAUGGUGCGUGCACUACACAACAAUUACAUUGAUGGUGAGGUUUUAACAGGUGUAUCAGCUGGUAGCAGGAUAUUUGUUCCUCGAGUUCAAUUAGCUCCAUCAGAUGCAAAUAUACCUUUUACACUUAAACGCCGUCAGUUUCCAGUUAGGUUAGCAUACUCAAUGACCAUAAAUAAAAGUCAAGGACUAACAUUUGAAAAAGUUGGUGUUUAUUUCAAAGAGCCUCGCUUUUAA